AUGGCGCUCGUGUCGAGGCUCCGAGCCUGCAGCGAGCUGUGCCAAUGGCUGGCGGCACUGGGCCAAGGCAGCACGACAAACCUGGUGGGCGCGGUGCGGUGCGCUGACCAAGACGGGUCGGGUCAGCCCACGCCGCUGGAUGCCGCCCUGGUUCUGCCCCAUCGGUUGUUGUCGCUUCUGUUCCUCCCCGCGGCCCCCUACCGGCGAUGCGGCGCUCCUCAAUAUGGUGGAUGGCGCCAAGCCAGCCCGCAUCGCGGUGUGGAUCCCUGUGGGUGCGGCGAAGGCGAGCAUGAUUUUCGGCACCCACAGUCGGCGUUCAACAUGCCGACAACGGGGGGCUCGCAGGCCAACGGAGGCCGGUGUGUGGAGGGGUUGGGCGGUCGGUUGGUUGCGGCGUCUCAGAAUGCCGAUGAGACUUCAAGGGAGGGCGUGCUGGAUUAUUUGGAGGAGGAAGCGAGCCAGUCGGAAAGAGGAGGGAUGGGUGGUGGGGCAGGCACUGCAAGGAGGCAUUGGACCACCACUGCCGACGGCACUUCCAAGGAAUGCUGGUUGGCCGGGGAUUCGCCACUUUCAGAUUGUGGCACGAGGGACUGGAGACAAGAUGGCGUUGUGAGGGGCUUGGGGGCUGUGAAUGGCAUUUCGCUAUUGGACGAUGGGCAUCGCGAUCUUCGGAGCCAGGAACGGUUCUUGGAAUCCCUGAUGGCCAGCAGGUUUCCUGAGAAUGAGGCUGCCAUCAGGGCAAGGUUCGACAAGACCUGGUUGGCAAUGAGAGAUGCGCUGCAAGACAACAUCAUUUUUCAUUGCCCGGACUUGCCAUUCACACGGCUUUUCCGUAAGGCCAGGCGUCGAGAGGAAUUCAGGAAUGCUAUAAGACUGCUGAGUGGCACCAAUGCGUCAUCUUGA